UGGCAAUUAACAGGCAUCCCAUGUAUUCAUGCAUUUGCAUGCAUAAUGGAUCAGAGGGUUGAUGCUGAGCAGUUUGUCCACCCCUAUUACACUAUGGACACUUACAGAGCAGCAUAUGAGCCUGCAAUUCAACCUAUGCCAGGCCCAAAGCAUUGGGAGAGAGUGAACAUGAGAGAGACUCAUCCACCAGCAUUCAAACAGCAGCCUGGAAGACCUAAACAGAAGAAGAGGAAGCUGGAACCUGGGGAGGGAACAUCUGCAACAGGAGGGGAGCAGGGAAGAAAGAGGAGGAAAAGUCAGUGUAGGAUUUGUGGUGGAUUUGGCCACUAUCCCAAGACUUGCAAGGGCCCACAUGAACCUGAACCAACUGAGCAGAGAACUGCAGGAAGGCCUCCUUUAAAUGUACCUUGGGUAGUUGAGCAAAGGAAGAAGAGGGAGAUCAAAGCUGCUAAGAAGAGUGCAAUAGGGGCUGGUCCAAACAGCAUUGGGAAUAGGACUUUUCCCCAAGAGCAACCUGGCUGUGAACCAUUGAGUAAGAGGAAAGGUUCACACAGUCAACAAGGGCAGCCACAAGCCAAGCAUCACACCACCCCCUCUUCCAGCCAACCUGAACCCAAUGCUACUGGAGUGCAGACAAGGAGGGCUAAGCUGCUGACUUCCAGACAAGGAGGGCUGACACAAUGAUGUUUGAAUUGUUUUUCUGAACUUUAGUUGUUGGUUGUAUUUUCUGAACAAUCAGUUGCAAUAUUUGUAGCUUUACUUUUGGGUAUAGGACAAGGAUCCUG